AAACCUCUACAACAGUUGAAUGGAAGGAAAUGCUUCUCACCGACUCCCCCCCGUACCCUCCCAACACUCACUUCCCUUCAGCUCCUCUGCUCGGCUCAUCUGGAGCUGGAGGACUCAUGAAGGAAGAUGGACGCCCGGGUUCUGCUCCUCUUCAUCCUGCUGGGAUGCAGCCGUAUGUCUGGUUUCGUCAUCAUGUCGACCCCAGAGAAGUUAUGUCUCCUCGCCCAGAGUCAGGUGGUGCUCCUGGUACACUGUGACGUCACUAACGCCGCUCAACAGUGGGCGUGGCUUGGCGAAGACCGGCUGGUCCACACUCAGUCCUCCAGGUGUCUUUGGGCCGACUCUUCCCACCUGCUGCAGCUUCAUGCCCGCUUCGUUAAACUGCGCAAAUGCAGCGAAGCGCCGCCGUGGAGGUGCUACAUCACCAGCGGGGCUUUGAGAUUGGCUGAGACUCACCUUUACCUGGGGAAACAGGGAUCACAAGUUGUGAUAGGAGGAAACCUGCAGGCCUCCGAGUGGAGGAAGUACAACUUGGACUCAGGAGGGACUCAGCAGAUCACAUCUUUAUGUCCUCAAACAGACACCACGUCCAUCUCCACCUUCUACUCAUCCACCCUUAAACAGACGGGACUCUCCACUGCAGCCUACUCCAUCACUAGUCCUGCCGUGACCUUCACUAACCAGCGAGGAUCCAACACAGUAAAGAGCCACCGGACGGCUAGACAACUCACGUCCUCAGAGGUCCUCAGCUCAGACUCAACAUACGUGAACCACAUCACCAAACCUCCAACCAAUACACACUUUACCCCUGAGGUUUCAACUUCAGUCACAAAGCUGUCAGCUUCAACCGGUGGCCAUUUUGUUUCCUCGAGUCCGACUGCAUUCACCUCUUUGAAAUCCUACAACGUUUCCAGGAGUCUGUCUACUACAAAUACCCUUCAGCUUAGGACGAAAGCCGUAACGACAUCAGGAAACAGAGACUUCUCUACUGCAUUCUCAGCCUCAAUUAGCAAUGAUCCUAAGUCAGAAACUACAGCUGUGACUCUGGGUUCCUUCACUGCUUUCUCAGAGACUACUAACCCUCUGGGUAGCUCCAAGGUCACGGUUACCUCGAAGGUCACCACCUCGUCUGAGGACACCGCUGUGGGACCUGUAACCUCUGAGGUCAACAUCAAGUCUGAGAUCACCUCAGAGGAUCCAAUCACCUCCAAGGUCAGCAUCUCGUCUGAGAACACCUCUGUGGUACCUGUAACCUCUGAGGUCAACAUCAAGUCUGAGAUCACCUCAGAGGAUCCAAUCAUCUCCGCGGUCAGCAUCUCGUCUGAGGUCCCAUCCGAUUUUAUUGUUCAUUCCUCUGCGGUUUCUGACACAGAAUCAAAUCAAGACUCGACUUAUACAACAAAUUCAAUGCAUGACAAGAAACUUUCUCCUGCAUCUACCACCUCUACGCCUCCCCCCCACACUGCUCAGGUGCCUUCACACAAAAUAUUUCCUUACAUCCAUCAUGGAGAUAUAUCCUCCACCAACUCAGGAGCCCCUGACAACGAUUUCCCAGAGGUCACCCAGAACAUCCCCGCCGCUGACAACUGUCUCUACUGUUCAUAUGAAGGUCUCAGAGACUGAAGGUAUUCAACGCACAUCUCCAU